UUUCAUACGUUUCGUCGUUAAUUUUCAUUUGUUUUCCGGUAACAUAACUAACAAAGGUGGGCUUCAAUAUUUUACAAAGUUACUAAAUAUGAUAUGAAAGCAAGUCAUUGUUACUUGUAUAAAUGGAAAUUGAAUAGAAGUUGGAAGUAUUUUCAAACUGGUAGUCCACAAAUUUAACGAUAUAAAUCAUCAGCCAAAAUGAGUGAAGAUCAUUCAGAAAAGGAAGUAAUAGAAUCGAAAAAUGAAGAUAGUCUUUCAAAACAAUUGAAGACAACACAGGAUGGAAAAACCACAAAUAUCUUUUCUCCACCGGAGAAAAGUAAUCCUUCAGACGAGAAAGAUUUGACAAAAGAAACUCCUAAAUCUGAAGACACGGCAAAAAAUCACCACGCCAAGAAGGGGCAUCCGUCCAAGACAACCCACCCUACACCCAAGGCUCAUUCCACUAAAGAAGGAACUCACCAUGUUAAGCAGACUCAUCACGUUAAAGAUACGCACCAUAAAAAGGAAGAGGGUCACUUGAAAGAAACGCACGGUUCAAAAGGAGAUAAACCCCAUUCAACUAAAGAAACUCAUCAUUCGAAUAAGACACAUCAUGUAAAAGGACAUAAAGAAGGGCACCACUCUAAAGAAACGCUUGGUUUGAAGGAACAUCCUACUAAAGAAACGCUUGGUUCGAAAGAACAUCCCAUUGAAGAAACGCUUGGUUCGAAGGAACAUCCUACUGAAGAAACGUUUGGUUCGAAGGAACAUUCCGCUGAUUCGAAGGAACAUCCCACUGAAGAAACGCUUGAUUCGAAGGAACACCCCACUGAAGAAACGCUUGGUUCGAAGGAACAUCCCACUGAAGAAACGCUUGAUUCGAAGGACCACCCCACUAAAGAAACGCUUGGAUUGAAGGAACAUCCCACGAAAAAAAUGCAUCAUGUAAAAGCAGCUCACCACCCAGGAAAACAAAAGCACGAUUCAAAGAAGACGGACACGAAAGAAGUUACAGAACAUUCGAAAGAGGAGCAUGAUAAAAAAGAAACACACCAUGACCAGGAAAAACCGAAAGACGCCCAUCAUACUAAAGCUCCAAAUCAUUCAAAAAAGGUCCACCACGAUGAUAAAGAUUCGCACCACUCAAAAGAAGAACACCAUCCUAAGGCAGCUCACCACCCCAAAGUAGCAAGCCACUCAACAGAGAAACAUCAUACAAGUGGUGCACAUCACCCAAAACAUCACGUUAAACACGAUAAAGACCUAUCAGAAUCAUCAUAGUGUUUAAUGAUUUCUUUUAAUAAACCAAGAUGACGUUAUUCAACAAUGCAAAUUUGGAACUGACACAAAUUUUGUCCAAUUAUUGCCGGUUAAAAUAAGCAUCCCUGGCGGUGUUUUUUUUUUAAAGACAAUUGAAGCUUCAUUACUUGCAUGCUAUGUUCAUUUUAGAAUUUGAACUUUUUGUAUGAACGUCGUGGCUUUAGAAAUGUAGAGCAACUUGAUGUUUGUUUUUUUUUGUCAAUUACAAAAUUAAAAUAUGA